AUGACGGGUGUCAAUCAUGCGCCGCUCUCUAUGUCUGUCUCCGAUGGUUUGCAGGGUCGCAAACGAAAUGUGACCAUCUCGGGGAUGGACAGCUCCCCGGGGAGUAUUGAUGAUGCGGAGGAUAACGAACGCGAUGACAAGAGGAGACAACCAGUGAAGCGGGCUUGUAACGAAUGCCGACAGCAAAAGCUACGAUGUGAUGUCAUUCAAGAUCCUUGGAGCGAUUGUUCAAGAUGCCGCCGACUUGGACUUGACUGUAAAAUCGAAUCCAACUUCAAGCGAGUUGGAAAGCGAAGUCGCAAUGCCGAGAUGGAACGAGAGAUAAUUGAGUUGAGGAAACAAAUUGCGACUGCCAAUACCACUCCUACCUCAUCAAUGCACCAGCCACAGACUAUUCAUGCCGGCCAAUUAACGCCGAAGCAAGAGUCGAGUCAGGUCAGCCCUGCCGGUGUCUACCAAACCCAGACGCCGUCAGCCAUGUCCGCAGAUCAAUAUAUGGGCUCCCAGGAGGCCGUCGCAUCGCUCUUAGAUUUACGCUCUGGAUUUGAUGGAAACACCUUUCUCAGAAAUGGAAAUCAGCAAUUCAGGCGAAUUGAAGAUGUCAUGGUUGUUCCAGAGAAGGUGGUCGAGCUCUUCAGCAUAUAUUUCACAUACUAUAACCCAUUCCUCCCAUUUUUGGACCGACAGCAAUCUCCAGAUGAAUACCAUAAUGCUUCGCCUUUGUUAUUCUGGAUGAUUAUCAGUAUCGGUGCCAGAAGAUAUCAGGGUGAUUCAGGGUUGUUGAAUUCUCUUGCGGGGCCUGUCACACGUCUCGUAUGGAGUACUUUGGCAGAUAUACCCCAAAGUUACCACGUUGUGAAAGCGCUCGGCUUGCUGUGCUCCUGGCCAUUUCCCACUAGCAGCACCUCAACAGACCCAACAUUUAUGCUCUGCGGGAUGAUGAUUCAGGUAGCCAUGCAGCUUGGUCUUCAUCGGCCAUCCCACAGCCAGGACUUCAGUAAAUUUCGCGUGGAACUUAUUGAGGAGGAAUUGAAAGACAAAGUCCGAACAUGGGCCAUUUGUAACAUCGUUGGGCAACGAGUCUCAACUGGCUAUGGUCAACCUCCAUCAACGCUUUAUGACUGGACGCUCUCAUCCAGUGAUUCGUUAGACCCGAACUUCAAAUUACCCGAUGAUAUCAAACAUAGGUUGGAGAUCGAAAAAUUCUGCGACAGAAUUACCCGAGCUCUUUAUACCAACAGACGUGAUCCCGUCGGACUGACAAGUGACCAAGAACGGAACACAAUGAUUUCCUUCCUUUCACGUGAUUUUGAUGAACUAGAAGAGCAAUUCAAAGCGCGAAAUGAUUGCAUUACCGAUCUAUUUCUUCGCGCAGCCAACCUUCAUCUGCAUUUGUCAGCCUUCUUUGACGAUCCUGCUGCAAAAGACUACCGUGAGCGUCUUCUUUCGCUAUACGUUGCCACAACUUCGUUUCUUGAGGCUGCCAUGAAUCUUGAAACAGAAGUGGGCCCUGUUCUCUCUUAUACUCCUUACUAUAUCUACCAGAUGAUGGUUGCAGCAGGCUGUACCCUCCUCAAACUCAGCAAAAGCUUCUUUGCCGCUCACAUCGACAUGGAAUAUACGAAAAAUUUGUUCAACAGGACUAUUUGGGCGAUUCGUAGCGUGUCUGCAUCGAACAACGACCUUCCUGAACGCCUGGCCGAGGUGCUUGCUCAAAUGUGGCGGUUGGGAGCUCAAAAGUCCACAACGAGUAAUACGAGCAUUGACGAUUCGUUGAGACUUAAAGUCCGGUGCCGUAUGAGCAUGUCCCUCCUCUUUGAUUCAGUCUGGCGAUGGCGAGAGGACGCAAGGACAAAGGGACGAAAUAUUGAAGCCUACCUCAAAAAUCCGACCAACCCGGACUCCACAGCCGACUCAUCCGCCGCUUCGUCCGUCGGCCCUCCCCGCACUCAGUCAUCCACACCUGGCAUUUCCGGUGGUGAUCCAAGCCUCGCACCAGCACCAAUGAUUUCACAAGCCGCCCUUGGCGUGGGUACCAGCAGUGCGGUCGGUGGGCUCCCCAGUGGUUUCAUGGAGCCCAAUUAUGAGGUCUUUGAUCCUCUGAACUGGCUCCUUGACGGGCUGGUAGAUUUACCAUAUUCAUCGUAUUCGAACAUUGGCGGCGUGGAACCCCAGGGAAUUGCAUAG